AUGAAACAGCAGUCAGGGGCCGUCUCGACCGCUUCGGGUCCUUCGCGUGCUCAGCCUUCCGGUGCCCUAAUCAAGAUGGGCGGCAAGAACGCCAACACCGGUAUCGGUGGCCUUCCUGGAGGCGUAGUUGGUCCUGAAGCCGCUGGUCUCGACCCAUCCGGCCCCGAGCACUUUUUCGUCACCCUCGCCGCUUACGCAGACGCUCUCGAUGCGCUCCCACUCGACCUCACCCGCAGCUUCUCCGACCUCAGAGAGCUGGAUGCCGUGCUCGGCUCGCACCUCAACAGCCUCACUGCGCGUCUCAACCAUCUCACUGCGCUCAUCGAAGACCCGGACAUCGACCAGGGUCAACGUCUACUCGCGCUCAAGGAGGUAGCCGAAGAGGCGCGCGCCUACAAGAUGGGCGGCGAGGACAAAAUUCGCGUUGCGCUCAACACGGCUGAAACCAUCAUCAGCCACACAGACUACAUCGAUGCUCUCGACAGCCAGCUCGACCGCUUCGCUGAGAUUUCGGCGCUACUCAACCCUACAAAGCAUCUCAAGCUCGAACAGUACUACGUGCCGGGGCAACUCAAGGAUCGCAAGCUCGUCUCGUCGCUCGACGCUCUCACUGGCGCAGCGGCGGGUGUUGCAGACAUCAACGGUAGUGGAUCAUCCAAGAAGAAGAAGGUGGCUGCUCACGUCGCUGCCGUGGCUGCUGCGGGAGGCAAGAGCCACAAGGCUGCCGAUGCCGCCUCAGCCAUCGGGUCAGCAGCAGCCGCAGGCGGGUCGUCGACCAGCAAGAAGCGUAAAGCCAUCUCCGGUUCCGCUAUCGGUGGACCUUCCGCCGGAGGCAGCGCCAAAGUCGCAAAGACUUCGGGUGCGGGCAAGGGAGACGAAGACGUCAAGACUGCCGCCAACGGGUCGAUUUCGCACAAGAAAAAGACCGACGGCAGUUCGCACACUGCUGCUGGAAGCGGAUCUAAAGCCAGCGCCAUCAACAGCAAUACGCGUCUCCCCCGCGCCGCACACGCGCACAUCGGCUACACGGAAGAUGACGAAGACGCUCUCAGUGGACGCAAGGACGCAGCAUCGAGACGCGGUGGGGCAGGCGAUGCCGACGAGUCUUCUUCACGCAGUCGCAACAGCCGUGCGGUGCGCGCCUCGGCCGCGGCGCAACGCAGCGAUGACGAGGACGAAGACAUGGACGACGGCGAUGUCGAAGAGGAAGAAGACGACGCCAACGUCCGAUCGAGCACCAAGAGCCGUGGUCGCGCAGGUGCUCGUACAGGCGCUUCCAACUCCCGCGCCCGCGGAGCCGCCGCAGCCGCUGCUUCGCCUCAUACCGGUUCUGCUUCUGCAAGCCGUGCCGACAGCCCGAUUUCGAAUGCAGGCGGCGCAGGCGAUGAUGCCGACGAAGCACGCUACUGCUUCUGCAACAACGUGUCGUACGGCGACAUGAUCGGAUGCGACGACGAUGAUUGUGAGAGGGAGUGGUUCCACUUGGGAUGUGUUGGCUUGACCAAGCCUCCCCAGGGCACGUGGUACUGCGAGGCGUGUUUGGAGCGCAGGACGGCCAAUGGUAGGGGUGGCAAGAGUAAGAAGGCGAAAAGCGGCGGAGGAUCGAAGAGCAAGGUUCGUCGUUGA